AUACCUAGUGUCGUAUCAUUGAAGGUCUCUACUUGACAUUGUGUGGAGGGCAUUCAAAUAUUGUGAAAUGCUCAACAUUUUCGUUCGUCGUCUGAGUACCUCUUCUCCAGCCUUAAAACUUGUACAGCCUCCUAUUCAAGUGUCUGGCAUAGAAGGACGAUACGCUACUGCUCUUUACUCUGCAGCUUCCAAAAAAAACGCAUUAGACAACAUUGAAAAAGAUCUACAACUGAUUAAGAGCACUUUAGAUAAAGAUGUAAAACUACAAGAGUUUUGCGCUGAUCCCAGCCUACAACGAUCAACUAAAGUUACUGAAAUUGGCCGGAUCUUACAAAAGUUAAAAGUUAAUGAAGUUACUAAAAAUCUGUUCGCUGUUCUGGCUGAAAAUGGUCGUUUAUCUAGAAUGAGCAUAGUAAUCGAUAAAUUUGGUCAGAUGAUGGCAGCUCAUCGAGGUGAAGUUAGCUGUACUGUACGAACUGCAAAACCGUUAGACAAAACAUCUGAAAAUGAGUUGCGUAAUGCUCUAAGUGGAUUUUUGAAACCGGGAGAAAAAUUGCAGCUCACCUUGGAGCAUGAUCCCUCACUUAUUGGUGGUGUGGUGGUCAACAUCGGUGAUCGUCUUGUUGAUUUAUCUAUUGCUCGAAAAGUUCGUAUGCUUCGUGAACUCAUUGAACAACCAAUUUAGAUUUUUCGUUUGAUAAUACGGGAAGCAAAUUGUAGUUGGCUCUAUCAAUUCUCUUGACCUUUAGCUUCAAUAAAAUUAUAUAUAAUAAAUGAGUUUGUAUAGUG